AUGGCCGUGACCUGCUGCGCGCUCAACAGCCUGGUGGUCAUGAACAGCGCCAGCGAGGCGAAGAGCAGCGGCCCGGGGCCCAGCGGCAGCGAGACGUCCCCGGGCCCGAGUCCCGGCAGCGUUUUCAGCCCCGGGACGGCGGCCUCCUUCCUCUUCCCCCCGGCCGAGGAGCCGCGCAGCCCCGCUGGCCGGCGCAAGCUGAGCGGUGGCGGCUGCGUGGGCAGCCCGGGACGCCUGCGGGGGGACCGACUGCACGGGGCGCCCGCCGGGGCCCUCUCCCCGCCGGGCCUGGAGGAGGCCCGGAGGAAGCUGCGAAUUCUGCAGCGCGAGCUGCAGAACGUGCAGGUGAACCAGAAAGUGGGCCUGUUCGAGGCGCACAUCCAGGCACAGAGCGCUGCCACCCAGGCGCCCCGCAGCCCGCGCCUAGGCCGGGCCCGCUCCCCGACCCCGAGCCCCUUCCGCAGCAGCAGCCAGCCCCCGGAAAGGGGCCUGGCCCAGGGGACCCCCAGCGAGGAACGGAGGACACAAUCCUGGGGGGCCCAGUGUGCAGAGACUCCCGAUGUGGACUCCGCCGUGAGCAGAGGUUUCAGCUCGAACCCCUCGAAGGACAGGGAGCGAGUGGCACCCCUCCAGGGCCGGGCCACCCGGACAGGACCAGUGGCUCACCGUCCAGCGGCUUCGGCUGCGUCGAGGGGGGAGAAGGCACCUCCUGUCGGUCCUUGUGGCGACUCACCGGUUCUUGCCCUGGAAACUGACAAGAGGGCCACCCCUGUGUUAGAGACUUGGAGCUGUGGAGCCCCCACAUUGGAGCCUGUGGGACCGUGCUUGGGGAUGGCCACAGACGUAGCAGCAACAGCCACCUCCGUGAGGCCGCACUGGCCCCAUGACACUGCCCUCGUUCAGAGGGCCAGAGGGCUUGGCAACUCCCGCCCCGGGGAGGCCCUGCUGGAGCAGCAAGGGCAGUUUCUGGGCAGUGAGGCAAGCCCAGCCCCAGAGCUGGUGGGGCGGUGCGAUGCGGACCCCCCCGGGAAGGCGGGCAGCAGGGGGAGUGUGCCCUGCGGCAGCCAGUGCUCCAGGGUGCCAGGAGCCAUCAGGAAGCCGGAGCAGAAGCCCUCGCCCGCACAGAGCUCGGAGCUGUCAGAGGCCCCGGGCUGCUUAGCGCUGCCCGCACACCUGGGCUCUGUGGGUCGGGGGGAGCCCCCGCCUCUCUCCCGCGGGGCGGGGGAAGGGUCUCCCUCGCGGGGUUUGCUCGGAGGCAGUCCCACAGCACAGCCAGGGGCCAAGCAGGCAGAGGCCCAAGCUUCUUCUGGCAGAAUGUUGGAGCCGUUGUCCUGCUGGGGACUGGGGAAAGACCUGAAUGAACCCCAGUGCCCUCCCAGGGACGGGGUGGGUGUGCAGCCUGGGGCCUCCAGGCCUUGGCUGCCUCCCGUGCAGGAAGCCGGCCUGGCCUGGACCCCAGGCACAGGGCUACAAAGGAAGGGGACUCGGGAAAGCCAGCUGCAGGACGGAGAUGCCUGCCCCGGGCCCGAGCAGCUGCCCUUGGGCCAGGACAAGCCUUCCCCGAGAGUGGCCUGCAGCCCCAGCAACACACCUGCCAUACCUGCAGUCGUCAUUACCGACAUGGGUGCGCAGGAGGACGGGGGCUUGGAGGAAGUGCACGGAAGCCCUCGGGGCAGCCUGCCCCUGAGGAAACUGUCCUCUUCCUCUGCUUCCUCCACGGGCUUCUCUUCGUCCUAUGAAGACUCGGAAGAGGACAUCUCCAGUGACCCUGAACGAACCCUGGACCCCAGCGCUGCCGUUCUUCAUACCCUGGACCAGCAGAAACCCAGAGUGAGCAAAUCAUGGAGGAAAAUAAAACACAUGGUGCACUGGUCUCCCUUUGUCAUGUCCUUCAAGAAGAAGUACCCCUGGGUCCAGCUGGCAGGACACGCAGGGAGCUUCAAGGCCGCCGCCAAUGGCCGCAUCCUGAAGAAGCACUGCGAGUCGGAGCAGCGCUGCCUGGACCGGCUGAUGGCCGAUGUGUUGCGGCCCUUCGUGCCCGCCUAUCACGGGGACGUGGUGAAGGACGGCGAGCGCUACAACCAGAUGGACGACCUGCUGGCCGACUUUGACUCGCCCUGCGUGAUGGACUGCAAGAUGGGCAUCAGGACAUACCUGGAGGAGGAGCUCAGCAAGGCCCGGAAGAAGCCCAGCCUGCGGAAGGACAUGUUCCAGAAAAUGGUCGAGGUGGACCCCGAGGCCCCCACUGAGCAGGAGCGGGCCCAGCAGGCCGUGACCAAGCCACGCUACAUGCAGUGGAGGGAAACCAUCAGCUCCACGGCCACCCUUGGCUUCAGGAUCGAGGGCAUCAAGAAAGACGACGGCUCUGUGAACCGCGACUUCAAGAAGACCAAGACAAGGGAGCAGGUCGCCGAGGCCUUCAGGGAGUUCACAAAAGGAAACCGCAACAUCCUGGUCGCCUACCGGGACCGGCUGAAGGCCAUUCGAACCACCCUAGAAGUUUCUCCCUUCUUCAAGUGCCAUGAGGUCAUUGGCAGCUCCCUGCUCUUCAUCCACGACAGGAAGGACCAGGCCAAGGUGUGGAUGAUCGACUUUGGGAAGACCACGCCCCUGCCGGAGGGCCAGACGCUGCUGCACGAUGUGCCCUGGCAGGAGGGGAACCGGGAGGACGGCUACCUGUCCGGGCUGAACAACCUCAUCGACAUCCUGACGGAAAUGUCCCAGGGUGCCCUGCUGGCCUGAGGCCGCCGCUCUGCUCCCUGCGCCUCCCUGCUCCUUGACUUGCUCCCGGCGCCUGGGCCCAGCCCCAGAACUGACCCUCCCUCGCUGCACAGCAAGACCCCUUGCAGCAGAGAGGCCUGCUCUUUGUAAAUAGUCACCUCCUAGGAGACUUGACAGGCCAAGGCUCCGCUUCCCUUACCAGAUAGUUGGGUUAGAGCUGGCAGGGUGUGGGGUCCCUGGGACCCCUGGCUCUGGGAGACCCCGGAAGCACAGGCCCAGAGUGGGCUACUGUGGGGCCUGCUGCCCCCUGGUGGCCAGAGUGUAGCACUCCCUCCCAGAGAGGCCGGCAUCCAGGCCACGCUCCCCAAAUUCUGGGAAAGCACAUGUGGGAGCAGAGGACUCCCCAGUGAACAACCCCGGGUGCCCAAGGUGCCCCGGAGGCCUUCUUAGGGCUGAGGUGGAAACCGCCCUGCUCUGGCAGAAGCCGGCUUGGCAGUGUUCUCUGCCGCAGGCCUCGCUAGGAGGGGCCAGGCAGGAGCUGUGUUCCUCCGUCUGGGAUUCUGGCCCGGUUUCGGAGGGAGCGCUGUGCAAAGCUGAGCAUCCAGAGAGGCCGCUGCUGCCUCCAGAACCACUGCUCACAGCCUUUCUGGGGCCUUCCACUCUCACCGUGCUGUUCCAGGUCCAGGGCUGGGUGGGGCUGAUCUGGGCACAGAUCGGGGGGCCUGCAGUGCCUGCUCGGCAGAGGAUGCUGUCCCUUGUGCCCUCGCACCCCUGGUGCUGGUCAGCCCUGCCCACUUCCAUGGGCUCCUUUCAAAUAGUUGGGGCGGGGUCUAGGCCAGUGCCAGGCCAGAAGGAAGCAGGGUCCUGGUGAACUGGCAUUAUUUCCACACUUUCUCUGAAAUAAGCCUUACAACCUGAAGGGCUCAGACCCGUGCUCCGCAGGUAGUGUGUGUGACUCCCAGGGCACGUGCUGGGUGCCCUGGGAAGCCCCAGGCCUCUUCCUGGAGGCCCUGGCUGCCUGGAUUCCUGGGGGCCAUUGGUGACUAAAGUCAGUCUGGUUACUGAGAAGAAUGUGCAAUUUGCAUGAUAUUUUAAGAACUGAGCCCCUGGCCCCUCGGGCCUUGCUAGCCCUCCAUGCCUGUCGGAGGUUCGCUGGGUCACAGGCCAGCGAGGCUGCUGGAGACACUGCCGGCAGCAGUGGGACAGUAUGUACCUGGUGGGUUGCUCCAGGGGGUCCCGGGGGCGGGGGGCUACUAGUCGGCCCGCAUGACAAGUGUUUCCCCUUUCGUGCCAGGUGGGUGAGUGAACGUUGGCGGGGCCGGGGUGGGACCCAAGAGGAUGUGUAAGUAUAGAUUUUUAGAAAGGAAAUCACUUAAACGUCCUGGUUCCUGUUCAGAGCUGCGGUACCCAUGUGGGCUGACUUGCUGAUGGUCACACCCUGCCUUGCUGAGCCUGAGCUGUGACAGCGCGUGAUCGGGAGGCAGGCGGGUGGGGGGAGUGCCACACAGGCCCGAGACGCGGGAGCUGGCAGGGCCCUCAGGGUGUGGGCCACAGGUGGGGGCUGUGCUUCAGCCAUCUUCAGGGAAGUGACCCCGCGAGCUCAGAGCUGGCCAGAAGUUACCCCGGGCGAUCUGAGAAAACUGUUUGCUAAAGCAAGCUGAUUCCACGAGCAAAGCUGCAGGGCCGGUUUAACCUGUGGAAGAGAGCAGAGCUUCCCCAGCACUUGGAGGCACCAGCUCCUCGCAGCCCGGGCACUUACGCAGAUAGAUGAUCAUUUGUUCACGGGCCAGAGCCGCUUCUGAGGCCAGGGCGGGGCUGCUGCCCACCGAGCGGCGUGGGGAGGCCUCCUGCAGGCCCGCUCUGCUGCCGCGUGCUCCAUUCUGCCCAAGUUCGGUGUGCCGCGCCGGCCCCUCACCACUUCUGCCUCUCCGGCCCUGCCCUGCCCGGCCCUGCUGUCCGCCCGCCCCAUGCGGCUGAGGGCAGGACGCCCCUGCGAGGAGCAGGGCUCCAGGCCCGGCGUCGGCACUGCUUGGCAUGCUUGGGAGCGUCCCUCGCCUGCUUCCCCUGUAGUGUCCCGUGAGAAGUUUUUAAGUUAUAUUUAUUAUGUUGGUUUUUAGAAGUGACACAGAACACUAAGACUGAUAGGCUGGGCUCUGUUCUUCCCUUCGCGCCCGGCUGCUCGGAGCUUCUUUCGCACUCGGCGCCGCCGCAGUGGCCUCUUCCGCCUCGGCUGUGUUUAGCCCCCAGUCCACCGGUGCGCACAGAACCUGGCCCUCGCUCCAGGUGCUGCCAUCGGUGCCUUUUCCCGGGAGGGCUGUCUCCCCGAGGAGCUCCCCUCUGCACCCUCCUGGGAACUGUGGGACCUGGGACUGAGACCCUGGCCCAGCCUCCCUAAUAAAGGCCCUGGAGACCA